GCAACAUGUCCUGACGGGGAGCCAGUACAUCGCACACGCCAUGCGAUCACCAUGCCAUCGCCAACUGGUCAACGCCGUCGAAAGGACUCAGCAAAGCUCACUCCUCGGUCGCAUUCCCCUGACGCGCUCGCGUGCGCGCAAAGGUUAUGCCACCGCGACGGCCACGCAAGAAGUGCAACAUGAGCCACCCACACGCUCACUCGCCAUUCCGACUACGCCAAGACACAACGAGAUAGGCGUUCAGCAAGUCAGCGCCUAUGUUCACUCACAGUUGUUCCCAUCACCCACAGCCCCGAAGGCAGACGAAGAAUUGGUGGCACUAGCUAAGGACCAUCUUGCCCGGCAUGAGUUGCUCGGCAAGACGAGUGAUACCUCAGAGCCCGUGGGCUUCGACUUGCCUGACCUGCAAGGUGCAUCGCUGGACGAGCACUUCUACAGAUUGGGCAUGGACAGUGCUGAGCCAUACUUGAGCCUGGCCACAAAGUAUGCCCGUGCCUCGCCGCCACCUAGGCCACGACGAUGGGUGCAAAGGAGUGGAUGGACCAAGUAUCAUCCUGAUGGCACUGCAGAGCCAGUGGAGUACCCGCAAGAGGAGGUUAUCACCUUUGAUACAGAAGUAAUGUGGCACGAGACGAGCUUUCCGGCCAUGGCUUGCGCAGUCUCGGAUCAGCAUUGGUACGCCUGGCUCUCACCUUGGUUAUUAGGCGAGAGUGAGAACGAUAGGCAUUUGAUACCAUUGGGUCCUCGCAACAAACCACGAAUCGUUGUGGGCCACAACAUUGGCUACGAUCGAGCACGGAUAUCUGAAGAAUACAGCUUGGAACAAUCAAAAACCUUCUUCGUGGACACGAUGAGCUUGCAUGUUGCCACGAAUGGCAUGUGCAGCCAGCAAAGGCCGACUUGGAACAAGCACAAGAAGGAGCGAGACAUGCAGGAUAAGAUUGCCGCCUCGGAUGACAGCGCAGACUUGGCCUCGCUACUUGAAUCUGGAAAGGCAUCAUUCGAUAGCGAAGAGGAGUUGUGGGUUGGUAGAGCUUCGGUGAACAGUCUUCGAGAUGUUGCCAAAUUCCACUGCAACAUCACAAUCGACAAGGCCCGUCGAGAGUGGUUUGGAGAGCUGGAUCGCGCAGGCAUUGUAGAGCGCCUCGAUGAGCUACUGGACUACUGUGCGGCUGAUGUGGACAUCACUCACAAGGUCUACAAGAAGGUCCUGCCACUGUUCCUUGAGACUUCGCCCCAUCCAGUUUCGUUCGCCGCUCUCAGACACUUAUCGACAGAAAUUCUGCCCGUGGACAAGAGCUGGGAGGCAUUUAUCGCAAACGCAGAAGCUACAUAUCAUCGACUGUCCUCGGGCGUGCAGGAAAGAUUGGUCGAUCUGACAGAACGAGCAGUUGCGCACAAGAGCGAGCCUGGAGUAUAUCGCAACGACCCGUGGCUGUCGCAGCUUGACUGGAGCGGUCAGGAAGUCCGGAUGGUAAAAGGCAAGAAGAAAGGGGAUCCACCACGUCCGGCUGCACGACAGAAAAAGCCAGGAAUGCCUAUGUGGUACAAGGACCUCUUCAGUACUAAUGAUGCGGAGAUCGCACUCACUGUGCGCACCCGUAUCGCGCCUUUACUUCUCCGCAUGGCAUGGGACGGUCAUCCUCUCAUUUGGUCAGACAAGUACGGAUUCACAUUCAAAGUCCCGCAUUCGCACUCGCAAAAGUAUCGUGACCAAGGCAUGACUGAAUGCGACAUGAUGGAGGAGGAGAACUUGUCGCUGCACGACGACCUGGAUCACACUUACUUCAAGUUGCCUCACAAAGACGGGCCCGAAGCGCGCUGCACUUCACCCCUUGCGAAAGGAUAUCUUCGAUAUUUCGAGAACGGCACCUUGUCUUCCGAAUAUGCAUAUGCCAAGGAAGCUCUGGAAAUGAACGCGUCGUGCUCAUAUUGGAUCAGCGCUCGUGAUCGCAUCAUGUCGCAGAUGGUCGUUUAUGAGAAGGAGCACGACGCUUCGGUCUCCAGUGAUCUGGGUUACAUUCUGCCACAAGUCAUCCCCAUGGGCACCAUCACCCGCCGAGCUGUCGAGAACACUUGGCUCACGGCGGCUAAUGCCAAAAAGAAUCGUGUUGGCUCUGAGCUCAAGAGCAUGGUGAAGGCGCCACAAGGAUAUUCUUUCGUAGGUGCAGAUGUCGACAGUCAAGAGUUGUGGAUCGCCUCGGUUGUGGGUGAUUCGAGUUUCCGAAUUCAUGGUGGCAAUGCCAUUGGAUUCAUGACAUUGGAAGGUACGAAAGCAGCAGGCACGGAUCUGCACUCGCGCACGGCAAAGAUUCUGGGCAUAUCUCGUAACGAUGCCAAAGUCUUCAAUUAUGGUCGGAUCUAUGGCGCAGGCCUGAAAUUUGCACAAAGCUUACUGCGUCAAUUCAAUCCUUCUGUGACCGAAGAGCAGGCGAAAAUCACCGCAACCAACCUAUACCAGGAAACGAAAGGUGCCAAGUCUGGUAGCAAGGCGCUUCGUGAUCGCAAGUUCUGGCGUGGCGGGACCGAGAGCCUGGUCUUCAAUAAGCUUGAGGACUUUGCGGAGCAGGAACGACCUCGAACGCCUGUCCUUGGAGCAGGCAUUACAGAAGCCCUUAUGCGACGCUUCAUCAGCAAGGGAGGUUUCAUGACCAGUCGCAUUAACUGGGCAAUCCAGUCGUCAGGCGUCGAUUAUUUGCAUCUCCUCAUCAUCAGCAUGGAGUAUCUUUGCAAGCGAUACAACAUCAAUGCUCGUUUAGCAUUGACCGUUCACGAUGAGAUCCGAUAUUUGUCGAAGGAUGAGGAUAAAUAUCGAACAGCGAUGGCGCUUCAAGUCGCCAACGUUUGGACACGAGCCAUGUUCAGUCAGCAGAUGGGCAUCGAUGACUUGCCACAGUCGUGCGCCUAUUUCAGCGCUGUCGAUAUUGACCACGUGCUGCGCAAGGAAGUCGACAUGGAUUGCGUUACACCUUCGCAUCCAGACAAGAUCCCGCCCGGCGAAUCUCUGGACAUUCUUCAGCUUCUGGCGAAAGGCGAUCAAGCUUACCUGAACCCGGCUGAAAUUCCUACCCAGGCUCCACGACCAGAAGCGUUCCAAUACACACCUCGGCGACCUAUCAUGGAGAGUCUGCAAACGCCAAACGCGCAAGCCUACCUUCGAGCUCAAAUAGCGUCCUCGCCAGCGGAGCUGAACAAAAUCAUCCGCGACAUGAAAAAGCCCGCCACGAGCAAGAAACCCUUCCCAGACGAGGAAGAUGGCAACGAUGGCGGCUUCCGACCAACAAAGCCAGCAACGAAAGCGAAAUCCUCAUCUAAGCCUCGAACUCGAAAGCCCAAAGCCACAAGAAUCCAGCAACCUCUCAUCGCAGCGAAGAGAACUUACCCCAACUCUCGAACUUUCGACAUGCCUUUCUAUGACAAUGUCUUCGCCAGAGCCGACGACUGGGCUCAAUUCGGCAACGAUGUAUCGUCUUCUUCAGAAGCCAAGACCACAGGCAAAGGCAACCUCGUCGGCGCACCUUCGACUCUUGGACUAGGUCUUAUCAAACGAGCUCCUUUCAAUCAUGCUUCGACGAGGUCUGUAUAUCGAUCAACUGCGGCGACUACGCCUGUAUAUUAGUUCAAGAGGAGGAGACUGUAAAUAUUGUAUCAGUCAUUAUCAGCGACAUUGUGUACAGCAGGUGGACAGAAUAUUGUAUGAGUGUGAGACAAAAUCUGACGACGACAUGGCUGUACCAUUUUUUGUUGUUGUUCUUGUAAUGAUAUGAUAGCAGCCGCCUGCAGUCCAGUGCAAUGUAUGAAAAAUCUGAAAAGACUGGACAACUUUGCGCUGAGAUCUCCAUUCAUGCCUCCAUGGCUCACGCGCUCCAUCCUUGCUCAACGCAAUGAGUCCAUUUCGCCGUCCUUCCAAUAUUCCGUGACCCAAGACUCUGUUUCGGCUCAAGGGCUUGGAGGCUCAAGGGCUUGGAGGCUCAAUGGCAAAAUCUAGCGGCUAUUCGUUUACACGCGGCAUUAAUCUUUUGGGGGUUCACAACGAAUGACGACGGAACAAUUCGGAAAAGCAAUUGUGUUUCGAAGGUGUAAUGACCGAGGUAUUCAGCAAUCGAAGCUCAUGGAACA